CCCUGCUAUAGCUACACUGUGCUGGACGAUGCUUGGAGAGCCACAGACAAUCGAUAUACCUUCAAUUUAAUGUGUGAUGCUUAUGUCAGCUGGAUGGGCUGGUAUCGUCUCUUCAUUCAUGGCCAGAGCGUUCAGAUGCCAGACACAUGUGUUGAUCGGCUAAGCUGUGGCACUCAUGCCCCACUUUGGCUAAACGGUCCACACCCACGAAUUGAGGAUGGAGUGGUGACCCGAGAUGUCUGCGGUCACUGGUGGAAUAACUGCUGUGGUUUCCAGUCAAAUCCAAUUAGAGUGAAAGCCUGCCCAGACAAUUACUACGUCUAUGAGUUUGUUAGCCCAAGUUUCUGCUAUGGGACCUACUGUGCAGAUGUUAGGAACAAUAGCAUCAGCAUUCCUACUUUCACUCCAGAGACAACAUUGGCUGAGGCUUUCCGCAUUGACCCCUGCUACAACUACACAGCCCUGGAUGAUCCUUGGAGAGCCACAGACAAUCACAAUUCAUACAAUUGUGAUGCUAGUGUUAAUUGGGAUGGCUGGUAUCGUCUCUUCAUUGCAGGCCAAGAUGCUCAGAUGCCAGAAACAUGUGUUAAUCAGUUUAGCUGUGGCACUGUUGCCCCACUGUGGCUAAAUGGUCAGCAUCCACGAGUCGAGGAUGGAGUGGUCACCCGUCAUGUCUGUGGCCACUGGAACAAUGACUGCUGCAAUUAUGUGUUUAAUCCUAUGAAAGUGAAAGCCUGCCCAGGAAAUUAUUAUGUGUAUGAGUUCAUGAACCCAGUGUUCUGCUCUGUGGCAUACUGCUCAGUCACAACUCCCAGCUCUGACCCAUGCUUUGAUUAUAAUAUUCUUGAUGAUGAUUGGAGAGAUUUGCGCCAGAACAGCCAGUCAUACGACCAUGAUGACACUGCUGUUGAAUGGAAUGGUUGGUAUCGGCUGUAUUUGAAUGGAGAAAGUGCUCAGCUGUCUGAGUGGUGUGUGACACUCGCAAGAUGUGGUGGUGAAGUUGGACUUUAUCUCAAUGCUUCUCAUCCACAACUUGAGGAUGGGGUGGUGACCCGUGAAGUCUUGGGAUCUUCAAGUUGGUGGUGGAACUCCAACCAAUGUGGCUAUUUUAGAUCUACCUCCAUUCAAGUCAAAGCCUGUCCAGGAGAUUAUUAUGUCUAUAAACUUGACAAACCUGAUGUGUCAAUCCCUAGGCCUACAUACUGUGCAGUUGCAUUCAACAGCAUCAGUAAUGAUCCUUGUUACAACUAUGAAUCUCUGGAUCGUCCCUGGAGAGCUACAGAUGAAACUGGAUUUUACAUUUGUGAUGAAUCCUUCUCCUGGAAUGGCUGGUACAGACUUUUUUACAAUGGAGCGAACAUCCGAAUGCCAGAGAGCUGUGUUAAUGCAGGCAGCUGUAACACACAGUACAGUCUGUCGCUCGCUGGUCCUCACCCUCAGGUAGAGGAUGGAGUGGUGACCAUGGAGGUCUGUACAAGAACAUGGACAUGGUAUUCCAGCUAUGAUUUGAAGCAAACACCCAUCAGAGUUAAAGCUUGCCCAGGCGAUUACUAUGUUUAUGAACUUGUGAAUCAACCAGCAUAUGGGUGUUCAGGGUAUUGUACAGAUGUCAGCACAAUAUCUCUGGUUUCCACUACAAGUCCAGCUACCAGUCCUGGAUUCAGCAUGACUUUGAAUUAUGACCCAUGCUAUAACUACAACAUUCUUGACAAUUACUGGAGAAGCACACUCUGGUAUAUGUCUGGAUAUGAUGACACUCGUGUUGAAUGGCAUGGCUGGUAUCGAUUUUUCAUUAAUGGAUCGAGUGCUCAGAUGCCCGAGUGGUGUUUCAGUUAUAUGUCAUGUGGAGGUUUUAUUUCUCUGUGGCUUGGUGGCCCUCAUCCUCAGCCAGAAGAUGGAGUUGUUACCCGUGAAAUAUAUGGCUCUGUUAAUGAUCAGUGCAGUUCCUACACAUCCAACCCCAUCCAAGUCAAAGCUUGUCCUGGAAAUGUCUAUGUCUACAGACUUUUAAGGCCAAAACCAUCAAUCCCAGUGCCUGUAUAUUGUGCAGUUUUAUUUAACACUCCAAAUACUGAUCCCUGCUAUGACUACACCAGUCUGGAUGACCCCUGGAGAGCCACUGACAAUUAUUACAACAAUUACAUGUGUGAUUAUAAUGUCAACUGGAACGGCUGGUACAGGCUCUUCUACUAUGGUCAGAGUGUCCAGAUGCCAGAGUCAAGUGUUGGUUCUGACAUGUGUGGUACUCCUCACCCACUGUGGCUCAAUGGCCCUCACCCACAGUUAGAAGAUGGAGUGGUCACACGACAAGUAUGUGGUUCCACAUGGAAUGACGGCUGUGGUUACAAAUCUCAUCCAAUACAAGUCAAAGCUUGUCCAGGAAACUAUUAUGUGUAUGAGUUUGUCAGGCCAACAUUCUGUGCAUCUUACUGUGCAGAUGUUACCAACCUUGCAUCUACAACAACAUCUGAAACAACAGUGACAAUUCCACCCACAGAAUCCAGUACUUUGUCUGUUACAACCCCAGCAGAAGCUAUUCCUUUUGACCCCUGCUAUAACUACACUGUGCUUGAUGAUUCUUGGCGAUCCAUUAGCAAUCAGCAUUCCUCCUUCAUAAUGUGUGAUGCUCAUGUCAACUGGAAUGGCUGGUAUCGUCUCUUCAUUGGUGGCCAGAGUGGUCAGAUGCCAGACACAUGUGUUGAUCAGUAUAGAUGUAGCACUCACGCCCCACUGUGGCUAAAUGGUCAACAUCCACAAGUCGAGGACGGAGUGGUCACCCGAAAUAUCUGUGGUCACUGGGGCAAUGACUGCUGCUAUUUCCAAUCCAAUCCCAUUAAAGUGAAAGCCUGCCCAGGAAAUUACUACGUCUAUGAGUUUGUUCAACCAAAUUUCUGCUCUGGGACCUACUGUGCAGCCCCAACUCCCAGCUCUGACCCAUGCUCUGGUUACAAUGUUCUUGAUGACGGCUGGAGAGACUUGCGCACGAACUUCUACCAAUCUUAUUACAAUGAUGACAGAUUUGUUGAAUGGAAUGGUUGGUAUCGGCUGUAUUUGAAUGGAGAGAGUGCUCAGCUGUCUGAGUGGUGUGCGAGUUUCACAGGAUGUGGUGGUGAAGUUGGACUUUAUCUCAAUGGCUCUCAUCCAAAACCUGAGGAUGGGGUGGUGACCCGUGAAGUCUUGGGGUCGUCGUCUUGGGCGUGGUGGUGGUGGUGGUGGAACGCCCACCAUUGUGGCUAUUAUAAAUCCACCUCCAUUGAAAUCAAAGCCUGUCCAGGAGAUUACUACGUCUAUAAACUCGUCAAACCUGACAUGUCAAUCCCUACGCCUACGUACUGUGCAGUUGCUUUCAACAACAUCAGUAAUGAUCCUUGUUACAACUAUGAAAAUCUGGAUCGUCCCUGGCGAGCCACAAAUGAAACUGGACUUUACAUUUGUGAUGAAAAUUUCUCCUGGAACGGCUGGUACCGACUUUUUUACAACGGAAUGGACAUUCGAAUGCAAGAGAGCUGUGUUGCUGAUGGCAGCUGUAACACAUAUAGCAGUCUGUGGCUCAAUGGUCCUCACCCUCAGAUUGAGGAUGGAGUGGUGACAAUGGAGGUCUGUGGAGGCAGAUAUUACAGCUGCUGUGAUUUUAAAUCAACACCCAUCAGAGUCAAAGCCUGCCCAGGCAAUUACUAUGUCUAUGAACUUGUAAAGCCACAUUCAUUUUAUUGUUCAGGAUACUGCACAGAUGCCAGCACUAUAUCAACAACUUUUUCCUCUACAAGUCCAGCUACAUUUAUGGGGUCCAGCAUGACUGCUAUCAACACAGAUUUUGACCCGUGCUAUGACAACAACAUUCUUGACAACUCAUGGAGAAGCACACUCAAUCUCUGGUAUCAAUAUGCACAUGAUGACACUCUAGUUGAAUGGCAUGGCUGGUAUCGACUCUUCAUUGAUGGAUCGAGUGCUCAGAUGCCCGAGUGGUGUUUCAGUUACAUGUUAUGUGGAGGUUAUAGUUCUCUGUGGCUUGGUGGCCCUCAUCCUGAGAUAGAAGAUGGAGUCGUUACUCGUGAAGUCUACGGCUCUGUUAAUGACCAGUGCAGUUACUACAGAUCAGACCCCAUUCAAGUCAAAGCUUGUCCUGGAAGUUAUUAUGUCUACAAAAUUAAAAGGCCAAAGGUAUUGAUCCCAGCCCCUACAUAUUGUGCAGUUGCUUUCACCACUCCAAGUGCUGACCCUUGCUACAACUAUAACAGUCUAGAUGAACCCCAGAGAGCCACCAUCAGCCCACACUACGAUAAAUAUUAUUACUAUGGAAUAUGUGAUUAUAAUGUCAACUGGAACGGCUGGUACAGGUUGUUCUACUAUGGUCAGAGUGUCCAGAUGCCAGAUUCAUGUGUUGGUUAUGGCAUGUGUGGCACUCCUUCCCCACUGUGGCUCAACAGCCCUCACCCACAGCUAGAAGAUGGAGUGGUCACUCGGCAAGUGUGCGUUUCCACAUGGAAUGACUGCUGUGGUCACAAAUCUCAUCCCAUACGAGUCAAAGCUUGUCCAGGAAACUAUUAUGUGUAUGAAUUUGUCAGACCACCAUUCUGCUCUGCAUAUUGUGCAGAAGUUAAUGUCACACAUACAACAACAAGAUCAAAUAUUUCCUCAGGACCAUUUUAUCCAUUUGGAGCUGGCGACACAGAGAAUGAUCGUUCUGAUGAUGGGAUUUCACCAGUGAUUUCCCUUCUACAACCAUUUAGAUUUUUUGGACAGACAUAUAACCAAUUAUAUAUCAACAACAAUGGAUACUUGACUUUUGAUUGGCCAUGGUACAGCUACUUUCCAUACCAGUUCCCAGGUUAUGGUGGAGAAGACCUCAUCGCUCCAUUCUGGACAGAUAUUGAUAACCGGGGCAAUGGUUUUAUUUCAUAUCGUCAGUACUCCUCUGGCAGUGUUCUUGCAGAGGCCACACAAGACAUUAACCAAUACUUCCCUGAUUUGAGUUUUUCUGCUACUUGGGUCUUUGUUGCAACAUGGGACAGAGUUGCAUAUUAUCCAUAUUCAGGAACCGAAACAUCUUUCCAGGUGGUUUUGAUUUCAGAUGGGCAUUUCUCAUUUGUUUUGUUUAAUUAUGGAACAAUUGCUCCAACUCAAAGAUAUGUACAGGCUGGUUAUGACACCAUCAGCUCUACAUACCACUUUUCAAUUACUGGAUCACUACAGUAUAACAUCACAAGCUUAACAUACAGCAGCAAUGUCAAUGUGCCAGGCAGAUGGGUCUUCAGAACAGAUCAUGGAUCACGGGGUUGUCAGUUUAAUGGCAUUCCAGUGCAGCUUGAAGACUCUUUCUGGAGUGAUGCCACCUGCCAGCAGAGAUGCACCUGCACCAGCAGUGGCCUCCAGUGUAGCCACGAGCCCUGCACUUACUCCCAAGCCUGCCGUCCAGCAGCCUUCCAAUACUCUUGCCAGAACAUUCAACGGCAAACCUGUACCAUCUCUGGUGAUCCUCACUACUACACCUUUGACUAUCAGGUUUUUCACUUUCAAGGGACCUGCACUUAUGUUCUCUCUGAGGCUUGUGGCAAUGGUUUGCCAUAUUAUCGCAUUGAGGGCAAAAAUGAGCAUCGGGGCAGCACGCAUGUGUCAUGGACACGGAUGGUCAGAGUUUUUGUCUAUGAUGAAGUAAUUGAACUGGUCAAGGAUCACUAUUAUGAAGCGAGGGUUAGUGGAAGCUUUGCAGCAACGCCAUUCACCCUCCGCAAUGGCUCCAUCCAGGUCUAUCAAUCAGGGUUUACCUUGGCCAUCAGCACAGACUUUGGUCUGCUUGUUACAUAUGAUGCAUACAGCUACGUCAGCAUCUCUGUACCUUAUGACUAUUUUAAUUUCACCUGUGGUCUGUGUGGAAACUUUAAUCUGCACCCCGAAGAUGAUUUCCGUUCACCCAGUGGUGAGAUCUUGAGCUCAGAUGUGGACUUUGCUAACAGCUGGAAGGUACAAAGUGACACAGAUCCUGAAUGCCAUAAUGUCAGGUGCACAGGUCUGGCUUGUGCUGUUUGUACCACAGAUGAAAUGACUUUGUACAGUGACAGCAGCCACUGUGGAAUCCUGGAAGAUGUUGUCGGCCCUUUUGUUGAUUGCCACCCUGUUCAUGCACCACAGACCUACAUAGAGAAUUGUGUGUAUGAUCUUUGCUUGGGAGGAGGGUACCAGCCCAUUCUAUGCCAGGCUCUCAAUGUGUAUGCUACUCAGUGCCAACAGCAGGGUGUACACCUUGGUCAAUGGAGACAGCAGGGCUUCUGUGAAAUUCAAUGCCCUGUACACAGUCAUUUUGAGCCUCAAGGAACAGGUUGUCCUGUGACUUGCAGUAAUCCGUCUGCCCCAAUGAACUGUCCCUUGCCCAGUCAGGAAAGCUGUAUCUGUGAUCCUGGGUACAUCCUGAGCGCUGGAGAGUGUGUGCCUGAAGCAAACUGUGGCUGCAUCUUUGAGGGCUUCUAUUACGUUGAAGGACAGUCAGUGGUGUUGGAUGGUGACUGUGGGAGACAGUGUGUGUGCAGCAGCAUGUCGAUGACCUGCCAUGAGCACCAGUGUGGUCCAGCAGAGGUGUGUGGAGUCCAUGAUGGUGUGAGAGGCUGCAGACCCACUGGCUAUGCUACCUGCUCGGUUGAAGACCUCGGGUCAUAUCACACCUUCGAUGGACAAAGUUUCAGAUACUCCGGAGCAUGCGGAUUGACCCUUACUAGGGUGAUGGGGCCAUCCCCACUACCACACUUUGUGCUGACGGUGGAGAAAGUACCCAGAGGCCUUCAAGACUUUUCCAGGGUUCUGAAGUUUGAGGCAGAAGGAAUUCAGGUCACCAUCGAAAUGGGAGAGGGCAGCAAUGUAAAGGUGGAUGGACAGAUGGUCGGUCUGCCUGUCAGUGUUGGCUCUGGUCAAAUCCGCAUUUAUCACAGCAGUGUGAGGGGUUUUGUUUUGGAAACAAACUUUGGGGUGACUGUAAGAGCUGACUGGCCGCACAUUGUCCGAAUUACGGCACCAAGCACAUAUAGUGGCACACUUGGAGGUCUGUGUGGGAACUUGAAUGGAGACAUUGCCGAUGAGUUUUAUACUCCAGAUGCUGUCCUGUUAAAUGACACUCAGCUGUUUGCGGACAGCUGGCGUGAUGGUUCCCUAUCAGCUCACUGUGAGGACCCAAAUGACAGCUGGGAAACAGGACAUUAUCAGAACAGCAGCCAGUUCAUUGAACAUUGUAGCAUAAUGGCCAAGCAUGAUGGACCAUUUGCUGAGUGCAGCAGAGCAACAGAUCCUCAGCAACGGAUAGCAGAUUGCGUUCAGCUGCUGGAGCAGACACAAGGUGCCAGAGAGGCUCUAUGUGAGGCUUUGCGAGGUUACACGCUACUUUGCCAACAGAAUGGCAUUGCAGUAGAAGAGUGGAGGAUUGCCACCCACUGUGAUCCCAGCUGUCCAGCAAAUUCCCAUUAUGUUGUAUGCGGUACAUCUUGUCCUGCAUCCUGCCCCAGCCUCUCCUUUCCAUUUCAGUGCACACUGCAGUGCCAGGAGGGAUGCCAGUGUAAUGACGGAAAUGUGUUGAAUGGAGAUCGUUGUGUGCCUCCCGUGGGUUGUGGUUGCUACCACUCUGGGCGUUAUCGGCAGGCUGGAGAGACGUUCUGGCAUGGUGAAGAGUGCCAGUUCUUGUGUGUUUGUGAUGGAAUCACUGGAAAUGUUCAUUGCACACCAUCUUCUUGCAGUGAGGUGGAGGUCUGCCAUGUGUUGGACGGCGAGUACGGCUGCCAUCCUCGGCCACACGCUCGUUGCUCUGCUUCAGGAGACCCCCACUACAUGUCUUUUGAUAAAUCCUACUUUGACUUCCAGGGCACAUGCCGCUAUGUGCUAGCCACAGUAUGUAAUGACACUACUGGGCUUCCGCACUUCCAGGUGGAUGCAAGGAACGAGGCAUGGCAUGGACUCCCAGUGUCAAUUACUGUUGAAAUUUUUGUCAAUGUCUCUGGGCAUCUUGUGCACAUGUCACGGGACAUGAACCGUUGGUUUACUGUUGAGGUUGAUGGAGAGACCAGAAACCUCCCCAUCCUGCUUGACUCUGGACGGGUGUCUGUGUACUCCAGCGCACAGUACAUAUUUGUAUCAACUGACUUUGGUUUGAGCGUUGGUUAUAGUGGCUCCUGGGCGGUGGACAUCAUCGUACCAGCGGACUACGGUGGUGUUACGUGUGGCAUCUGUGGAAACUUCAACGGCCAGAGUAAUGAUGACUUCAUGACUCCUUCAGGUGCUCUGGUGCGCUCAGCAGACCAGUUUGGAGCAAGUUGGAAGGUUGAGGACGAGCUGCCAUGCAAUGAUGGGUGUGGAAACAAUUGCCCUUUGUGCCAGGAUCAGACAACCUCCCGUUCCCUGUGUGACAUCAUCAGGUCCAGUGAGGGCCCCUUUAGUUUCUGCCAUGUUUAUGCCGAUCCUCAAGCCUACUUUGAUGACUGUGUGUUCGAUGUUUGCCUUUCUGGAAACCGUAAUGAUGUCCUGUGUCGCUCGAUCCAAACCUAUGCGAGUGCCUGUCAAUCUAACAAUGCCGUUAUCUACCCCUGGAGAGAAAGCGCAUCCUGUGUCAUAACCUGCCCAGAGAACAGCCACUAUGAGUUGUGUGGCACAGACUGUGGUCAUACUUGCGCCAGCAACAUUGAUGCUAGUUGUGAACACACCUGCUCAGAGGGAUGUUUCUGUGAUGAUGGGUUGGUGAGGAGUGGAGGACUCUGUGCAUCAGUAGAGCAAUGUGGCUGCUUGCAUACCGGAUUCUACUUUAAUGUUGGUGAGCAAUUCUGGAAUGAAGAAUGUUCCCAACUCUGUGAAUGUUUUGCUCCAAAUGAUUUGCGCUGCUCUGAUUCAACAUGCCCAUCGACGAUGGAGUGUACGGUCAGAAAUGGACUUCGUGGCUGCUAUGAAGACAGCACCACACACAUGACCACCACCAAAUCAAGCAUUCACUCAGACGAGAGCACUACACACAUUAUCACCACCACAUCAAGCCUUCCCUCAGAAGAGAGCACCACCUACAUGACCACCACUAGAUCAACCAUUCCCUCAAGUGAAGGAGACCCCUGUCUUGAGCUCAGCUGCACUGAGAAUGAACAGUGUGAAGAGAAACAUGGUGUUUACGGCUGUUCCUGCAAGGAAAACCAUCACAGAUCUCAGCAUGACUCCUUUGAUUUCAUUGAAACCUGUGAAAGCAGCUCUGGCUCCAUGUCUCUGUCUCGCUGUCAGCUUUUUGAGGCUGGUUUUCCUUCUGACAUCUUACACCUCAAUGACCCCAACUGCAGAGGAACAGUCCGGAAUGGCAGAGUGGAGUUCUAUUUUGACAACAAUGACCACAUCUGUGGCACAAAUCUUGUGGCCAAUGGCACCCACUUCAUCUAUAAGAACUUUAUUGUGGGGGAGCCAAAAUUAGUUGGGCAUCUCAUCAGCAGGAAAAGAAUUCUGAAGCUUCCUUUCAGCUGCGUUUACUCACAAACCCAAAUACUUUCCAUGGACAUCAACCCUCUGGAGAGCACUGUGCACAUGAACCUUCCUGCUGGUCAAGGGACAUAUCAGGUCAGGAUGAUUCCAUAUCAGGAUGCCGAAUUCUCCCACCCCUUCGCUGGUAGUGUGAACGCAGAGCUGAGCAAGCGGAUUUUUGUGGACGUUGGUGUUGAUGGAGUUGACAGCCGUCAGUUUGCUUCAGUGAUUGACACAUGUUGGGCUACACCUGUGAACGAUCCUCAUUACCCUCUCCGCUGGGACCUCAUCGUUGAUGGGUGUCCCAAUCCUAAUGAUGAUACAGUGGAGUUGCUGCAAAAUGGUGUUUCUACAUCCAGCCGUUUCUCCUUCGAGAUGUUUAUAUUCACUGCAGACUCCACCAAGGUUUACCUGCACUGUGCUGUUCACCUUUGCCUUCUGACAGACAAUCACUGCUCAGUGCACUGUGACUCUGAACACCACCAUAGAGCGGGCAGAUCUGUGGAUUUCCAUGACAGUACUUCCAUAUCCCUUGGUCCAUUGAUGUGGUCUGAUGGUAACAAAGAUACGCCGAUGCCACGCCAAGUGCUAGUAUCCAGGGCUCCAUGUCUGUUGGGUUCUCUGACUAUAUCACUUAUUUCUCUGAUGAGUCUCCUGAUAUUCUGCUAGGAUAUUUCCACUGACAAUCAACCUAAUGUUUUAACACAUCUAUUCUUAUAUUUUUAUUAUAUCUCUUUCUCGAUGAAUGUGACACUGAUGCCAAACUGUUACAAGCUUUCUAUAAAUGUGACCUUUGGGUGAUUGUUGAAAAUCACAACCUUUAAACUCUUUUAUAAAUCAAACAGUCUUAUUACUAUUGUGAGGAUAAAGCAUAUUAAAUAAUGAGAUAAAACAAAUCACAAUAAACUGAUUUUCUCUGUGCUUUG